GCUCGCUAAGAGCUGGGGUCCUUCCAAAGCAGGAAGAGAUCUCACUGCGCAUGCUCCAUCCUUUCCAGCGUUCGAGCCCGCCGCUGCCGCCACGAUGUUGAUGCCUAAAAAAAAUCGCAUUGCCAUCUACGAACUCCUUUUUAAGGAGGGAGUGAUGGUAGCCAAAAAGGAUGUUCACAUGCCUAAGCACCCUGAACUGGCAGAUAAAAAUGUUCCCAACCUCCACGUCAUGAAAGCAAUGCAGUCACUGAAAUCCCGUGGCUAUGUGAAGGAGCAGUUUGCUUGGAGGCAUUUCUACUGGUAUUUGACCAACGAGGGCAUCCAAUACCUGCGGGAUUAUCUCCAUUUGCCACCAGAAAUUGUACCUGCCACCUUGCGCCGCAGCCGUCCUGAGACUGGCAGACCUCGACCUAAAGGCUUGGAGGGUGAGCGUCCUGCCCGUCUCACACGGGGAGAAGCUGACAGGGACACCUACAGACGCAGUGCUGCUCCAUCUGGUGCUGACAAGAAGGCAGAAGCUGGUGCUGGGUCAGCUACUGAAUUCCAGUUUAGAGGUGGAUUUGGGCGUGGACGUGGACAGCCACCUCAGUAGAACCCUGUUGCGGUUUGGUUGCAUCUUGUGUAUAAUAAAUAGGUGAAAAAAAUCACUGUUUGUAUCUUUGAAU